AUGCACCCGAAGGACCACAUUGGUGGGGCGGGCUUCGUCUCCGACCACUUCGCGCACAACAACCCCACCAUCAUCGCAUCUAAGCGCAUCCGGCACGACCUCAAGAGCAAGGACGACCGCGACCCCACGAGCGUCUUCGGCAACAACCGCGGCGUCCCCAUCCCGGAGAAGCUCGAGGCGGCCGAGUACAGAGAGCUCUCGGUGGGGGGCCUGCGGUUCGAGCUGCAGAAGAUACACGCCCACCAGCCGGGGGACUUGUUCAUUUUCCUCGACAAGAGCGUCCCUGAGAACGCCGCUGCAGGUAUCGACACCAGCGUCUUCAUGGUCGUCGACACCGUCUUCCCAGGCUGGAUUCCUCUCUUCCCGACGAACCUGAACCCAGACGUCGCCAGCUACUACGAAGCGAUGGACGUUAUCCUGGGCUACGAUUUCGACGUGCUCAUGGCUGGGCACCUUACUCGAAUGGGGACCAAAGCGGACGUGCAGCUCAACCGGGACCUCUUCGCGGACAUCCUGGAAGGAGCCACGGCUGGGUUCGCUGCCGUCUCCCAGGCCGACGUCGGCGCCGGGACAGCAGUAUCCGACCCGACAAAUCCCAACGCGGGAAACGUCUGGCUUCUCUUCACCGAGCUGAUCGCGCGCCAAACGGACAUGUGCGCGGCUUACGUGUUGGACUCCGCCUCUCGCGGGCGAGACUGGCUUGCCGAGGUGGCCGGGGUUGACCUCACACUCCGCACUCAGCACACACAGACCCCACAGCAGCCACCACUAGGUUCAAAGACGCCUACAGGUGUGGUGCGUACAGCCUUCAAGUUCUGGUGACGAUCCGACCAUCAUGGAGGGAGAACUCUGUGGUGAUGUGGU